AUGGCGCAGGCCUCAGGGGACUAUAGUUGUCGAUAUCAAUUUGAAUGCAAAGGGCAGCAUGAUGGAGAUCGGCUGGCAAAGAUAAAGGAUCGUUACACUGCUGAACAGAUACAGACUCGACCGACACCAGAUUUGUCUAUCUUAGAACGACAAAUCGGUAUGGAAAGAUACGACCCAUUGGUGACAUCGAGAAACGAGAAAAAGCAUUACUACCCAAAUUAUGGUUAUGAGCCAUAUUGGGCUGACGGUGAAUUCAUGAUCAAGCACCCUGAUUAUGACCUAAAACCUGGCCAAAGCACCACAAAGAUGCCGCUUGUUUGUGGAGAGGAGUGCGGUUACAUUUUCUUAAGGGUAAGACAUUUGUGUGCAAGCAAGAGUACUAUAUACUGGCUGCCGUAUUGUUACGGUACUAGUUGCUACGGUCACAUUGUCCCCGAUCUCACGAAAGAGUACAGGGAUUUCAACUCCUACUGUGAGCUACUGAACGCGAAUUGCAGGCUAUCUCCCACAGAACAUAUAUCCACUAUUCAAGCUAUCAAUGCUGAUGUGGCAAGUUAA